AUGUCACAGAUCAACUCAGAAACAAUUAAUUUAGAAGCAAAACAAAUAAGUAACCAGAUUCCCAUUAUUUGGAAUGAUGAUAAAGACUUUAAAGAUCAUGCUUACCGAAGAGUGUUCAACCUUAGAAGACCUGAAAGGUUUCCAAUAGCUAUUGUGAAAAUUCAAAAAGAGGAAGAUGUCGUAAAUACGGUCAAAUUAGCUAACAUUUUAAAUGUCAAAGUAUCAGUAAUAUCAGGGGGACAUAGUUGGGCUGCUUGGGGAGUCAGAGAUCAAGCAAUAAUGAUUGAUUUUGGCGAUUUUAAGAAGAUUGAAUUCAAUGACGACACAAAAACUGUAAUCGCAACUACUUCAGUCCAUGGAAGAAUGUUGAAUACCUAUUUGUUAAAUGAAAAGCAACGUUUUUUUCCUGGUGGCCAUUGUCCAGACGUUGGAAUUGGAGGUUUUCUACUUCAAGGAGGAAUGGGAUGGUGCUGCAGAGGAUGGGGUUGGGCUUGCCAAAAAAUAAGAUCGCUUAGAGCUGUAACUCACGAAGGAAAAUUGGUCACUUGUAGCAGAACAGAGAACUCUGAACUAUUCUGGGUAGCAAGGGGUUGUGGACCAGGAUUUCCAGGAGUUGUUAUUUCAUUUGAACUUGAAACUGUUCCGGAAAAGACUGUUUAUUCAGCAACGUAUGUUUACCCAAUUUCAAAAUUUAAGGAAACUAUGAACUGGGUUGUGCAGACCUCACCUAAAACCGACAAGGAUGUGGAGACAGUUCUAGUUACAUCGAUCCCAGAGGAUUCAAAUGUUCCAGUUAUAACGGUCCAUAUUGUUGCAUUCAAAGAGACUUUUGAAGAUUGCAUUAGAGAGUUGAAUAAGUUUGAAAGUUCAAAAGUCUCGGGUGCAUUGUUUGAAUCUUUUGGAAAGAAAACGUCGUUAGUCGAUGAAUACGAGGUUCAGGAUAGAGCAAACCCUCAGGGACAUAGAUAUAAAACAGACAAUGUUUAUCUCAGAUCUAAUGUGGAUGUCGCCAAAGUUUUAGAGCCUUCUUUUACAUCAAUUCCAAACCGGAAGACGUUUUGUCUCUACUUUUCAAUGGAUCCUUUAACAAAGUUGGAGGACAUGGCUCUUUCAAUGCAGACAGAACAUUAUGUUGCCAUUUAUUCUGUUUGGGAUAAUCAGAAAGACGAUACAGUUAUUUCGAAUUGGUUGACAAGAAAUUUCAGAGUCCUAGAAAAACACAGUAGAGGUGCUUACCUAGGAGACUCUGACUUUGAAACUAGAAAGACUCGGUUCUGGGCACGAGAGCAACACUCAAAGCUUAAUAAUUUAAGACUUAAGUACGAUCCUGAAAGGAGAUUCUGCGGCUACUUGAAAGAUUCAUCGAAGGAAGCGAACAAUAACGAUAUAGAGCUACAAGAGGUUUUCAAUGAAGCCCCAGUAUUAUAG